AUGUAUUAUCCACCGGCCAUUGAUGGGACGCUUGAAAAUAUGGAGUCCUCAGGGGAGAAUUUUAGCAGUAAUCCACAGCCUGAGCCAGCUACUGAUGAGGACUUUGACACCCUGAAAUAUCAGCUACUCGGUCCCUCUUUAACCAAAGCGGGUCAAGACUCAGUCGAUCAACAAAAGGUAUCGGAGAUUAUCUAUAAUGCCUCCAAGGGCUCUAAGUUCUUUAAUCACGAGCAAGAGCGUGAUCGGAAUCUCACGCUGAAAAUCGAACGAAUCUUAAAAGAAAAGGCACGGUUAGAACGUCUAGACUUGAGCAGUGAGCUACGACGUGCCGACGAACACCUCGCCGAGCUAGAAUUGACCCGUGAUCUCUCUCAACAUGUCAUUCAUGUGGACUGUGACGCAUUCUUUGCCGCUGUCGAGGAGCUUGACCGGCCCGAAUUGAAGACGGUGCCCAUGGCAGUAGGUAAAGGAGUCCUGACAACCUGCAAUUAUGUGGCGAGGAAGUUUGGCGUCAGAAGUGGCAUGGCUUCGUUUGUUGCGAAAAAGCUAUGCCCGCAGCUGGUCCUUUUGCCGCAGAACUACGACAAAUACACCGCAAAGGCCAAGGAAAUCCGCGCUAUCAUGGCCGAAUACGACCCUCUUUUCGAGAGUGCGAGUAUAGACGAAGCUUAUUUGAAUAUCACACCAUACUGCGACGCAAAUCAAAUGGAGCCUGGUGAGGUUGUUCAGCGGAUGCGUGCAGAGAUAUUAGAAAAAACCAAAGUGUCCGUUUCAGCCGGAAUUGCUGCUAACGCGAAGAUCGCAAAGAUUGCCUCCAAUUUCAACAAGCCAAAUGGGCAAUUCCAGGUCUCCAAUGAACGCGAGGCAAUUAUGGAAUUCAUGCGUGACCUCUCGGUCCGCAAAGUUAAUGGAAUUGGCCGCGUAUUCGAGCGAGAACUGGAAUCAAUAGGUGUCAAAAAGUGUGGUGAUAUUUUCCCACAUCGUGCCUUAUUGACCAAGCUAUUUGGAGAGAAGGCUUUCCAAUUUCUGGCCCAGUGCUACCUGGGCCUUGGGCGGACCAAAAUUGAACCUGUUGAGACCCACGAACGUAAAAGCGUCAGUACAGAGACUACGUUUCAUGACAUUGGAGACAAGGAGGAACUUCGAGCGAAGCUUUGGUGGGCUGCGCAGGAACUUGAAAAGGACCUGGUGCGGACUCAGUUCAAAGGCCGCACGCUAGCCCUGAAAGUCAAACUGCAUACUUUUGAAGUGCUCACGCGCCAGACGGCUCCAUCUCGGGCCGUCUCCCUGGCAAAAGACCUGUAUUCAUUUGCUCUGCCUAUGCUCGCCAAGCUUGAGAAGGAUAUUCCGAACAUCAAACUACGACUUCUUGGCCUGCGCUGCUCGAAUCUGGUCAGCACUCAGAAAGUCGGACUCAAUUUUUUCGGCGUAGCGGCACAACCCAAACCUGCUGCUGAGCCCACUUCUGAGUCCACCCAUAUAUCGGCCUCUGGUGUAAAUACAGAUCGCGAGAUUUCUGCCGAGGAGGCUUUCGAGGCAGCGGCUCGUCAGGAAAUCCAGGACGAGAUGAAUGAUCUAGAGCGGCUGAGUCAAGAAACACCUGAUAUUUCUGUUACUCCCGAACCAGAGGCCUCUGCAGCCCCAGAGGCAGUCGAAGCUGUCCCUAUGUGGGAUUGCCCCAUUUGUACACGACCACAGAUUGCGGAUGAUCGCAAAUUCAACGAGCAUGUGGACUUCUGUCUCUCCCGACAGACAAUCCGCGAAGUGGUGCAGGACACCUCGGAAGAAACAAUCUUGAUACCCCAAAAUUCUAGGAAAAGGAAGAUGCCAUCCCAGGCUGGUAUUCCUGAAAUGGACCCAAAACAGAAACGACUCUUUUUUCAAUGA